ACCUCUACUGCUUGAAUAAAAGCUCAUCAUAUACUUUCAAUGUACUACGCCUAUGAACUUUCCUUAUAACGAAAUAAAAAAUAAAAAAAACUCAUCAUAUACGAGACCAUCCCAAAUUUACGGGGUGAAAUAAUUUACUAUAUAUCAGGUCGGAUGAAUUUCUUGAAUCGUAAUUUAAUGGAUCGUGUUUCCAUAAGAUCCUUUUUUUUUCUCCUUCCUGCCCUCUUAAACAUCCAUCCAUCCAUCCAUCCAUCCAUCGCAACCUCCUCCCAGAGCCAUGUCUUCUUCUUCCACCACCACUAACUCACCAUCGAGAGCCCUGAGAAUCGGAAUAAUCGGGUUCGGCCCGUUCGCCCAAUUCCUGUUGAAGACCAAAACCAAGCAAUGCCACCAGCUGCAAGCUACUUCAAGGACCGACCACUCCAGGCUCUGUGCCCGUAUGGGCAUCGCAUUCUUCAGUGAUGUGGGUGAGUUUCUGGAAUCGGGUAACGACGUGAUAAUGAUCUGCAAGUCGAUUUUAUCCCCGUCGGAAGUUCUGAAAACGAUUCCGUUCCACCGCCUCAGAAGGCCAAAUCUGUUUGUUGAUGCUCUUUCGGUGAAAGAGUACCCCAGAGCAUCUCUCCUGCAAGUCGUGCCAGAGGAUUCAGAUAUUCUUUGCACUCACCCGAUGUUCGGUCCUGAGAGCGGGAAAGACGGCUGGGAAGGUCUCAACUUCAUGUACGAAAGAGUCCGUGUAAGGGACCAUGAAACCUGCUCGAGCUGCCUGCAGAUUUUCAAGAAAGAGGCACUGAAUUUGGGUAAUCACUGGAAACAUCUCAGGGAUGCAGGAUGCUUGAAAUGUCCUGCCAGAAACUCGAUAAGCUCGCAGCUCGGAGCCAAUUCAUCGCCCACACAAUCAGCAGCAGGGUCUUGGCAGAAAUGGAUGUCGACUCAACAGAUAUAGAUACCAAGGGCUUCGAAAGUCUCGUCCAGUUGGAUUAAUCUGAUCGGCAUUUCCAACAAAUGCAGAAAAGAGGCUCAGUAAGAGACAGCUUCGAUCUGUUUUCCAGAUUGUUCAUCCAUAAUCGGUUUGCCAAGCAAGAGGUAUCGAACUUAUCUGGUAUCGAACUUUUCUACAAUCAUUCAAUUUUUGCACAAAAGAUAUGAAGUAUGCGCUUGGGUCAUUAAUAAAAAGGAUUUAUAUUUAAUUUUA